CAACCUGGGUCACAUCGCAGGCAGCUGCCGAUUCCCGCGCAUUUUCCGUCAAAAUCUUGAUCUUUCUAUUUUUGCUAUUUGGUUUUCACUCGCAUUAAAACCACCGUAGCAGCAGGGAUCUGCAGGAAAACGUGUCCCUAAGAUAUCCGGCAUAAUUUCCAUUCUUGUACAUUUUUUCAGUGUUAGUUUUUGUGACUAAAUUUGUGAAAUAUCUCAGCAAAAAUAAUGCCACGACGUAAGGCCGUAACGAACAACAACAAUGCCGGCGAGGCUGACGACCAGCCCAUUCCGGCAAAAAGGGCGCGCAUUGUUUUUCACCUGGAACUACCCAAGCGACGCCAGACUGUGGGCAGCGUGCUGGUAUGCGGCACGGGCGACACCGGGCAGCUUGGCUUGGGUGAGGAUAUCCAAGAGCGGAAGCGUCUUUCUGUGGUGGAGAACAUCCCCAAUCCUGUGGAUGUUUGCGCUGGGGGCAUGCAUAGCCUCGUCCUGACGAAGAAUGGCGAUAUCUACUCGUUUGGCUGCAACGACGAGGGCGCCUUGGGACGGAGUUCCAGUGAGGAAGGCAGCGAGUCGUUGCCCGCCUUGGUCGAUUUGCCCGGCAAAGCGCUGUGCAUCUCGGCGGGAGAUUCGCAUUCUGCGUGCAUAUUGGAAGACGGCAGCGUGUAUGCUUGGGGUUCGUUCCGCGACUCGCAUGGAAAUAUGGGCUUGACACUCGAUGGCAACAAGCGCGUACCAACUAAUCUUUUGGCGGGAACUGUCUGCUGCAGCAUUGCCUCGGGCUCUGAUCACUUGGUUAUUUUAACUACCAGUGGAAAGGUGUACACGGUCGGAUGCGCUGAGCAGGGCCAGCUGGGACGCAUUUCAGAGCGUUCAUUGGGCGGAGAGGGUCGCCGUGGCAAGCGCGAUUUACUUCGACCGGACCAGCUGAUCGUUAAGCGAUCCAAGCCGUUCGAGGCUAUAUGGGCUACCAAUUACUGUACGUUCCUGCGGGAAUCAAAGACAGAAACUAUCUGGGCCGUCGGCUUGAACAACUACAAGCAGCUGGCUUGCGAGAAAAAUGGGGAUAUGUUUUCACAUCCCAUUAAGACUACGCUGAAAGACAUCAAUCAGAUUUCUGGUGGUGUACACCACACACUAUUUCUGAAGAGCGAUCAACGAUGCUAUGCCGUUGGUCGGCCAGAGUAUGGACGCCUGGGCCUGGGCGAUAAGAAGGAUAUAGUGGACCAAUUAUCGCCCCCUAGUAAUCUGUCGAACAACAUUGUACACGUCGGAUGCGGCGAAACCUCCUCAUAUGCCAUUACUGAAGAUGGCAAGCUAUAUUCCUGGGGCAUGGGCACCAGUUACCAGCUGGGUAUAGGCGAUGGCGACGAUGAACUGGAGCCGGCUCUUAUCAGCAGCAAAAAUACACAAAACAAAAAGAUGCUGCUUGCAUCGGGCGGUGGCCAGCACGGUCUGUUUUUGGUCGAGGCUGAUGCGAAGGAGCAAAAGGAGAAUGUGCCAACAGCAGUUACGAGCAGCAAGAAGGACGAUACUCCUCUUUCUUCUCCGACUGCAACCGUGGAGACUGCCAACACUAAAACUCCACCAAAAAAGGCCGCUGCCAAGCGAGGAGCUGCUAAGGAGGAAAACAAGAUAGUGAUUGCAGAAGCCACGAGCAGCAAGAGGGACAAGACUCCUGCUCCGCCAUCUCCGACUUUCCCUGAGGGAACUGCCAAGGGGGGAGGUGGAAAAUCUAAAACUCCACCGAAGAAGGCCCCUGCCAAACGAGGAGGACCCAAAAAGAAGUAAAACUUAAAAUAUAUUUAAAUAAAAGUUGACUUCACCCAAUUUGUUUUUGGUCGCAUUUAGCGGCUCCUACGCUUAUCCUAAUUAAGAAAUGUUUCCGCCCGGUCAGAUUCCCAAGAUACAUAUGGAUCUAAGCCAGAAACUGAUUGUAUGGUAAAUUUGUUUACAAUAUUGAUUUCCGUGUGUAUCUUAGACACUCAACGACCGGCGAUAGAUUCCUUUUAUCACUCUAAUAAAACAACUGACUUGUUUAAAU